AUGAUCAAGGUGUAUGCUGCUGUCACGGCUGCGGUUGGAGUCAUCCUGAGCGGCGCUUUAGCGCAUGUCAUUGGCCGUCGCUGGACGAUUGAAGUUUCGUGUGUGGUAACGUUUGCUGGUUCUGCCCUUGUGUGGCUUGAGUCAAGCUCAAUGGUGUUGAUUGGAAUCUGCUUGGCAUCGGUGGGUAUCGCAAUGCUCUCGCUCGUGUGUCCACUGUACAAUUUUGAAAUUUGUAUGCAAGGCUGGAAGGGAAAGGGUGUAUUGAUGUUUCUCACGAGCGCUGCAUUGGGCUAUAUGAUUGAGGCGGUGCUCAUCAAUGCCAUCAACGCCAAAGCCAUGUCAGAAAAUUGGGGCAACUCACCAUUCCACGAUUGGCAGUGGCAAUUUAUAUUUGGAAUUGUUCCGAUUGUGCUACUAGUGCCAAGUGUGUUCUUCCUACCAGAAAGCCAUUAUUGGGAGUACCGUCGUAAACCAGACCCCAAAGCGGCCGAGGCGACACUGGUUCGCCUGCGUCAGCGUCACGAUGUAAUGGAGGAAUUGGGUGAGAUGAGGGACUCAUUUGUGGUGAAGGAAGGUCCUGUAAAUGUGAUGUUCCGUAUCACACUCGUGGUAGUGCUGCAAGCAACGUUUGCGCUUUUCACCUCUGGUGCAUUACUACAGCGUGUGCACGUUCAGCCGACGCCCAGUGAGGCUGGCGCGCAAACAUCCAAAUGGGAGAUUUAUUACGGCAUCAUGACAUUUGUGGGUAGCUUGCUGAGUCUGCUCACGGUCGACAACGUACGCCGCAAGACUAUCUUCAAGGACGUGCUUCCAUUCUCGGCAGCGUUGUCGGCUGCAUGUGGUGCAAUGGGGCUUGCAGGUCAGGAAAACAGCAGUGUUACGCAGAUUUUGUUAUGCGUAACUUUUGUCAGUGGAACACUGAGUCUUAUGUGUGGCACAUGGCUCACUGCUAUCGAGGUAUUCCCGCCGUACCAGAACGGACGAUACAUCGCCAUGUCUUUCGUUGCGUACUAUAUCGUGCAAGCUGCGAUUUACGUGGCUGACCCGUCGUUCGCAACCAGCCACUUUGUAUUCGCCGGAAUGUGUCUAUUGCUCACAGUCUUCAUGUUCAUCGUAUGUGCAAGCUCUAAAUAUGGUGCCAUUGAGCUCAAGAGUGAGAAGAAGAUGCGUAAGGAUGCUGAAGCCACUCGCAAUGCGCCGUCUUUCAUGGCCUGUGCGUCUCGAUCACAGAACUUUAUGCGCUCGCGGUCCCAAGUACGUCGAUCCUCGUCGCAUUACUCCAUACCGUCAUUGACGCCGCAAGAAGAGAGCUACUCGAACUUUGAGUCUCCUGCUGGUCGCAAAAGCAAUGGCAGCACACGCCGAAUGCUCAAUAAUUCACAAAAACGAUUGUAG